AUGGAUGUUGUUAUGUCAGAAAAUAAUUUAUAUUUUCUAUUUUUUCUUUUACUCUCUUCCUCUCUCUAUCACUCCAAUUUGUCUUUCUCCCUGCACUCUUUACUUUCUUCUUACAUUUCUUCCUUUUUCUCCUCCCACUCUCUCAAGGUCAUUCAUUUCUCUAUUUUUCUUCUCUUUACUCUUUUCUUAUUCGCUAUCUCUCCCUCCUACUCUCCUCCACCUCUCUCUUCAUUUUUCUCUCUUGAUAUUCCCUCUCUUUUCCAUAUGCCUUGUUCUUUUUGGUUUGUUCUUUUUCCACCCCCUCUUCCUCAAUUUUCAUACUCUCUCCCUCACUCUUAUCUUCUACAAAAACAUUUUUCAUUUUAUUCUCUUGAACUAUCCACCUGCUUGUGUUUUUUUUCACUCCUUCCCACUCUCACUGACUUUCUCCUGUCUCUCUUCUCUCUCCUUCUCAGUUUUCCCUCCUACUCUCCUUCCAUACUUCUAUCUUUUCUCUGUACUUUCUUCUUUCCAAUUAUCAUUCUAAACCUUUUUUUCCUCUCUUUCUUCUUCUCACUUUCCAUUUCUUUAUUUUUCUUAAUCAUUUUUUCUUUAAUUCACACUUCUCAAUUUUUUUUUUUUUCAUUUUUCUUUCUUCACUCUGAAUUUAUGAGUGGGUUUUGA